AUGGACGAGGUGAGCUUUCUUCGCAACGCGCUACACGCUGCAGAUCAAAGUGCCGAGGAGUUUCAAGCUGCUCGACGAGCUCGAGCGCGGCCAGAAGGGUUCGGUCAGCGAACCGUAUUUGAGAACAGGAUCUACUGUCUCGAAGUGUACUGCGGCGAGCAAUACCCGGACGUGCCGCCGGUGGUCAAGUUCCUGACGCGCAUCAACCUGCCGGGAGUUGACCAGUCUGGCAACGUCAUGGCAAGCCACUUCCCCGGUCUCAAGAACUGGAAGCGCACAAGCUCCAUAGAGACCGUGCUAGUGGACAUCCGGCGUCACAUGGCCAUGCCAGCCAACAGGCGCCUGCCGCAACCCGAGGAAGGUGAUUGCUAUUGA